UUGUGUACUCAGGUAUGAUACACAGUAAAAUCUAAAUUCAGCUUUAACAUUCUGCGCUGCGAUAUCACGUCAGCUCUCUUUGAAACCAGUGAUUCAGAGUGUCUGUUCUUUUUUUCUGCUGUUUUCUCUCCUUUUACCCGGUGAAUGAAUGGCUUGCAGUCUCUGAAUCCCCCCAUCUGACAUGCAACAAGAAAGCCUCCCUCCAGGCUACCUUACUGCGGGCAACUGUUCAAAGAGUCCAUUUCAUGUCUACAUUGAGUAACCUCAAUAGCAAAAUCCAUGGAGGGAAUAUAAAACAGAUUGAUUCAGCAAAACAUAGUAGGAGAGCUUUUAUCGCUCUUUUUUAUCCUCAAUUUAUAAAGAAAGGAGUGAUUAAAGAUUAUGAGGCAUGUUUUCUUUUGAAAUAAAUAUAACAACAAAGUUUUAAUCUGCUUCAUUUUGGAGCCUUAAAGGAACUUUUUUCUUGUGGACUGCAGGAUUUGCAUAGAGUGAUGUCAAAGAGGCGUGUCAGUCAGGAUUACAAGCUGAGCAGAUUGGCUAAUCACUAUGGAUACAGCUUUUAUAGUUUUGUGUGGCGGUAAUGCUGAGCAGUUUCCAGGACUUCACUUUUUUAUGCCGCGUCUGUUUUGUUUUGCGUAGGAUCUUUUGCUCUUACUUGAUUUUGUAAUUAUGACCAAGAAAGAGGCACUUGGGAAGUAAACAGCAUAAUGGACUCUACAGGGCAAUGGAGAAAGCGUGUCAUUUUGUUGUUUUGUUUUGUGGUGUUUAAUAUUGCUUUCGCUCAUGACCCUUCAUCUGGAAAUGCAGUAAAUAUGAGCAGUGAGACGGAGUUUGCAGAUAUUGUCUUAGGGCAGCAUACGCUUCCCUCCUGGUAUCAUACAUCUGUUGAUGCUGUGCUGAAGCAUGGCACAGUCAGCACUCAUAACAGAUGGCAAACACAGAUGGCUUUCUCCAAAGCAGUGUAUUCAUUUCAAGUGAAAGAAGACACAGUACCAGGAACAGUUGUGGGAAAGGUGGAAACGCACUUUGGGACUCUCACGCCUAUCACCUACUCAGUUCAGGAGGAUGACGGAGAGAACCUGUUCCUGCUCGGCCGAAUGUCAGGGGAGUUCCUAUUAUCCCGCAGCCUGGAUUUUGAAACACAAAGAUUCUAUGUUCUCACAGUGGUGCUACAGCACGGGGAUUCGCAAGUAUCCAGUGUCAGAGUUUACUUCAAUGUGCUGGAUGUGAACGACAACCCCCCUGUUUUCAGUACGCACGCCUUUUCUGCAUCACUGCUAGAGGACACACAAGUCAGCACUUGCUUCCUGUGGUUGAAUGUGUCUGAUAAAGAUGAUGGUGACAACGGAGAACUAAAGCUAAAAGUGGUUGGUGGUGAUGAAGAGGAUGUGUUCUUCAUCCAUUCAACGGGUAAUUUAUGCUUGAACAAAGAGUUAGACAGAGAGAGACGAUCCUCCUACAAUCUUACCUUGAUGGCGAACGACUGUGUCCAGCCGGUGUCUUUUCAGCUCACCAGCACAGCUCAAGUUAUUGUGGUUGUUGAAGAUGUCAACGAUAAUGCUCCAGUGUUUGUGUCACCCACAAGUGUUAAUAUACCAGAAGACACCCUGCUUCAUUCUGUUAUAGUGACUGUACAUGCUGAGGAUGAAGAUGCUGGAUCCAACGGGAAGGUUUUAUAUUAUUUAAACAACACAGCUGGUGGGAUGUUCAGCAUCGAUGACAGAAGUGGAGCAAUAUACCUGGAGGAGAUGUUAGACAGAGAAGUGGUAGAUAUGCUGACUGUUACUGUAAUAGCCACUGAUAGAGGCUCACCCCAAAUGGCAACCACAAUGAAUCUCACGGUGCAUGUUGAGGAUGCAAAUGACCAUGAUCCUGAGUUUUUACAAAGCAACUACAGCCUGACAGUCAGAGAGGACAUCCCCAGAGGAACAAGUCUGUUUCAGGUUCAGGCCUAUGAUCAGGAUACUGGACCAAAUGGACGAGUGAGGUAUAUAUUGACCCAGACGAGUCCGUUUGUGGUGGACGCAGUUCGGGGUGUUGUCACAGUCAUGGACAAACUGGACAGGGAAAAGGACCCAAACUACAGCUUCAUCAUAGCUGCUGUAGAUCAGGGGAACAUCCCCAGAUCUGCUACUGCUGCUGUCAAUGUCACAGUGUUGGAUAUCAAUGACUUUGCACCUCAGUUUUCUCCAGAAACACUCAUCAUACAUGUCAAGGAAAAUGAAGAGGAUCCAUUUGAGUUAAUACAUCAGGUCUCAGCUUUGGAUGAAGAUCUAGGGAUGGACAGUCAGCUUACCUAUUUCAUACAGUCAGGAAAUAGUGAUGGUUUAUUCUCCAUCACGCCCAGUGGCACGUUUGAGAUUUUACACACUCUAGACAAGGAGAAGGAAUCGCUACAUAUCAUCACCAUCACUGCGGUUGAUUCAGGAUUUCCACCUCUGACAGGUACUCUGACUGUUCAUGUCAUAGUGGAUGAUGUCAAUGAUAAUCAUCCAGAGUUCACUGAGGAAGUCUACAACACCAUCUUACCUGAGGACAGUCCUAUUGGUACUGUGUUUGCCAUGAUAAUGGCAUCUGACAUUGAUGAGGGUGUCAACGGGGAAAUAAGGUACUUUAUGGAAGACCUUGAUGUACCUUUUGCCAUUGAGGAAACAUCUGGAGAACUGUUUACAACCGGUAUCCUGGACAGGGAGACAGUAGCUAUUUACAGGCUGACAGUGAUUGGUAGUGAUAAGCAUCCUGCACAGCCUCUAUCAAGCUCUGUAUUUGUGAUCAUACUUAUUGGAGAUGUCAAUGACCACUGGCCCCAGUUUUUGGACAGCCCCUAUGUGGCCUACGUGCCCACUGGGUUACCUCCAGGUUCAGUUGUAUGUGCAGUAAGAGCAACAGAUGAAGACACUGACAUGAAUGCAGAAUUACAUUAUUCAUUAUAUGGACCAAGUUCAGACCUGUUUUCCAUCGAUCUGUACAGUGGCACUGUUUUCACCACAAGUGUUCUCCAGAGAAUGGAUGAUAUUAUUGUCAAUGUGCAUGUAGAAGAUGGUGGAGAAUUCCCUAAAUUUGACACCACGACUAUCAGCAUCAGGUUCCAGGAUGUCUCUGAGUUCCCACAGAUGAAUGUGGAUGUUCAGAGCUACUCCCUCUCUGAGGAUGAGCCAGUGGAAGCGUUGGUUGCUGUGGUCUCUGCGACAAGCACCAGAGCUGAACCCAUCUCUUUUUAUCUUGCUUCCGGAAACUUUGAAGACAUGUUUCAUGUGGAGCAAUUAAGUGGAGCACUGACAUUGGAGAACCCACUGGAUUAUGAAAACAAAAAGGAGUUUUCUUUGUUGAUAGAAGCCAGAGACUCCGGCUUGCCUCCCUUCUCAUCAUUUUCACAAAUUUACAUAAACAUCACUGAUGUAAAUGAUAAUUUCCCACAGUUCACUCAGUCUGAGUACAGAUGUGAGGUUUUUGAGAAUUCCCCACCGUCUGGGGUUUGUGAUGUUCUCGCCGUUGAUGCAGAUUCUGGCAAUUACGGCACAGUGCAGUACAACAUAACAGAAGAAAACACUGAUAACUUUUUUAUUAUUGACCUUGAAAAUGGUUUAUUGAGCACCACUGGAAGCUUAGAUAGAGAAGAUAUUCCUGAAUUCAAUUUGACAGUUGAAGCUACAGAGAUAAACAAUCCUCUUCAUAAAGACAAAACCACUGUUAUUAUCACUGUGUUAGACAGAAAUGACAACGCACCUCGUUUUUCACAGAUUUUUUACACAGAGCUGCCCGAGGAUGUCCCUGUUGGACACUCAGUUAUACAAGUCACCUCAACUGAUGAUGAUACUGAUGCUAAUGCAGUGAUUAAUUACUUCCUAGCUGACCAAAGUGAUGAUACGCUUUUCAAUAUUGAUCCCACCACCGGCUACAUCACUGUUGAAGGACGUUUGGACAGGGAGGUGCAGGAUCAUUACAUCUUGAAAGUAAACGCAAAUGAUUCAGCAUGGAGUAUAAGCACAGAUGUCAGUAUAGUCAUUUUAGAUGUCAAUGAUAAUAGACCUGUGUUUUCUGAUAACUUUUAUAUGGUUGUUCUCCCUGAAACACAAGAUAAAGAGGUGUUUGUCUUGCAGGUUGUUGCUACAGAUGCAGACAUUGGGCAAAACGGUGAGAUUUUCUAUGUUAUUGAACCUCCAAAUGAGGAGUUUUGGGUGAAUGCUUCCUCUGGAGAAAUCUAUACAAAGCAGCCGCUGAUGCUACGCAAUUCUGCUUUUGAAAUCAGUCAGUUUACAGUUGUUGCUUUUGACUGUGGCAUUGUUCCUAUGCAUAGUAAUGCCACAGUCACAGUGAGAUUGGAACAAUAUAACCACCACCCACCAAAGUUUCUACCUGUACAGCCUCUGAUUCCUGUUCCGUAUCACCUGCCUGUGGGAACUGAGGUGGUCCAGUUAACAGCAAUAGAUCCAGAUGUCAACAGGAGUGCUGAUAUUGAGUAUGUUCUGGAUGGAGGAAAUGCAUCUGAUUUCUUUUGGAUUCAAGCUGACAGUGGAAAGGUCAUCUUAAAUCAGACUUUAGCUGAUGCUGAAAAUCUGUUCCUCACUUUAUUCGUUGUGGCUAAAGACCAAGGCACUCCCUCUUUAACAUCACAGACUGAAAUCACUUUUGAAAUUACUGGAAUGAAUCAAUUUUCUCCAAGCUUUAGCAAACCACAUGUUAUUUUUUCUGUCCCUGAGGACUUGCCUGUAGGAUCAGUAAUUGGGAAAAUUCAAGCAGAAGACGAGGAUUAUGGCCCCAAUGGUGCAAUCAUGUACCGCAUCAGUCCAGAAAAUCAAUAUUUACCAUUGUCAGUUGGAGAAGUCUCUGGACUGCUAACUCUGAUCAAAGAGCUUGACUUUGAAAAAGAAGGCACUUAUCAUUUCCAAAUCAAAGCCACAGAUGGUGGGUGGGUCUCUAAAACGGGCAUGGUAAAUGCUACAGUAAUAGUCAUGGAUGUGAAUGAUAAUCCUCCAGCCUUUUCAUCCUCAGAGUAUACCACGUCAGUGCCUGAAAACUCAAAAAUUGGAACUAAUGUUCUACAUGUGAAGGCUACUGACAGUGAUUCAGGCACAAAUGCACAAAUAUCCUACUCUGUUAUUGCUGGCCAUGUGGAUAAAUUUGCAAUUGAUUCAACAAAUGGCGCAAUCACCACUUUGGAUGUCUUUGAUUACGAGCAAGAGCAGAUCUUUGAUAUAACAAUCAAAGCGUCAAACACUGGUGGGCAUACUUUAUUUAGUUUAGCACACAUUGUCAUCCAAAUCUCUGAUGUCAAUGAGUUCACACCAAAGUUCAGGAAAAAAGAAUUUAACUUCUCAGUAUUUAAAAAUGUGUCUAUUGGAACUCUGAUUGGAAAAGUGACAGCCACGGAUUACGACCAAGGCUUUGAAGGUCAGGUGUUUUACUUGAUGUUUGGUCAGAGCAAAAGUAUGGGCUUUGAAAUUGACACACUUUCUGGAGAAAUAUUCACCACAAACAGUCUGAGGAAACAAGGUAACAGCCAUGUAGCUUUAAAAGUUCUGGCAAAGAACCAUGGUGUUAUUACUGGGAUGGAUGUUGAUGAGACUUUGGUCCAUGUUAGUGUGAUUGACACAAAUGAUCCGCCCGUGUUCACUCCUACAAGUUACAUAGCAAAUAUUACAGAGGACAGUCCAGCUGGGACAUCUGUGGUGACAGUGAGUGCUCUGGAUCAGGACUCCAUCUUGGACUGGAAUCGUUUCUUCUUCAGCAUUGAAAAUGGAAACACAAACUUCUCUUUUGCCAUUGAUCCAUCCAGUGGUCUUAUCUCAGUGAAUUCUCCACUUGACAGGGAACUCUGGCCAGUUUAUAAUCUGACUGUUACAGCCACUGAUAAUGGUUCUCCACCAGCCACUGGGACGACUACUGUCUCUGUGACCAUUGGUGAUGUAAAUGACAAUGCCCCUAAACUCACAGCAACUGAAGUUCAGGUGAAGGAAAACCAACCUGAAGGCACUAUAGUCACCAGAUUAAAUGCAUCCGAUUCAGAUUUACCACCAAACCAGGGUCCUUUUACAUAUUUGUUAUUAAAUCGUUCAACUGGUUUUUUACUUACACCUGACGGACUUUUACUCACCACACAGACUAUUGAUCGAGAGCAAACCUCCGCAUAUCAACUUGUGGUGGUUACUGGAGAUGCAGGAGUUCCUACUCCACUAUCAUCAACAACAACCCUCCAUAUUAGGGUCAUGGAUGAAAAUGAUAACCCCGCAUUCUCAAGAAACAUUUUCAUUGAGGUGAAAUACUUUGGCAGUUCUUUCCAAGGAGGCAUGAUUGGAAACGUACAUCCUGAGGAUCAGGAUGUGGAUGACACAUUCAGCUGCACCAUCAAAAGUGGGCCAGUUAACAUGUUUGUAAUACCUAAUGGCACAUGUGAGCUGUGGUCAGCUCCCUUUCAAGGUGAGGCCACCUUUAACAUCACCAUCGAAGCUACAGACCAGCUUCACUUUCCGGUUAACAACAGCAUCUACGUAAACUACAAAGGCUUCACUAAUGCCUCUAUAGACAGCUGUAUAUUAUUCUAUGUGUCAUCACCCUCAGUGGAAGAGUUCUUGUCCAAUAAGUAUUUGAGGUUUGUAAAAGCUCUCGACAGUCUCUUUAAUCUCCAAGCCUCAAAAACUCACGUGUUUGGAAUCAAACAUAUUGGCAAUGAAAUCCUCCUGCUGGCUGCUGUCAAAAAUUACAAUGGUCAGUAUCUUAGCAAAGAGGUAGCAAGCGGUAUAUCUGCUGGACAUAAGAAAUUACUGGAGGCUCAGAGCAACGUGACCAUUUCUCACAUCACCAGUGACCCGUGUCUCACCAGCCCUUGUCAAAACAGGGCAACCUGCAGCAAAAACAUUUUCAUCAGCCAGGAGGUUGCUGUCCUGGAAAGUGCAGCAGUGAUCUUCGUGUCACCACAGAAAGAGAUUUUUAAUUGUACCUGUCCAGUCGGCUUCACAGGUUCACUCUGUGAAGGUGACAUCAACGAAUGUGAGUUGAAUCCCUGUGAGAAUAGAGGCACAUGUGUGAAUACUGAAGGAAGCUUUUACUGUCACUGUCAGAGUGGCUUCUCUGGAUCUGUCUGCUCUGCUGAUGGAGAUGAAUGCCUGAAGGUGAAGUGCCAAAAUGGGGGAACUUGUAUUCCCUCUCAGGAUGGAUAUCACUGUCACUGUGUGCCUGGAUUUGAAGGUGAAAAGUGUGAGGUCUUUAUAGACCACUGCAGGUCAGCGCCCUGUGUUGAGGGCAGCUGCAUCAAUUUGCAGACUGGUUUCUCCUGCAAUUGUCCAUUUGGAGUCAGUGGAGUCCACUGCGAGGAACACAGCUAUGGCUUUGAAGAGCUGUCUUUCAUGGAGUUUCCUUCACUGGAUCGCAGGACUAAUUUAGUUUCUCUGGAGUUUGCUACAGUGCAGAGGAACUCCCUCCUCCUCUACAAUCCUAGAGGAUCAUCCAGCAGGGAUUUCUUGGCGCUGGAGAUACUGGAUGGAGCUGUACAGCUCUCUUAUGACCUGGGGUCAGGACCUGUGAGACUACAGACACACAAGCAUGUUGCAGAUGGGGCUUUUCACAGUGUCACUGUCAGGAGGAUUGGAAAUAUGGGUUCCUUGCAUGUGGACAAUUGCACAGAUGUUGAAACCAAUGGAUUUUGUUUUUCACAGAGUGAUGGCAGCAUAUCACAAAGAACUCUUGAUGUUGGUAACAAUAACAUGACAAUUGGAGGACUGAGGACAAUCGACUUUAUUUUACUCCAUCCCACUCAGAUAAAAAGUCAUGACUUUGUUGGAUGUAUUCGAAACAUUCACAUUAAUGGCAUCCUGUUGAGACCUUCAAUGGCCCUCGCAACAUAUAACAUCUUUGAUAGGUGUCCUCGAGCAGCAGUGUCACCAUGUCUCAGUGUCCCGUGCAAGAAUGCUGGUGUUUGCCAUGACCUUUGGUUUGACUAUCUUUGUGAGUGCAAAAGCCCUUUUACUGGAAGAAACUGUGCAAAAGAAAUGACAGACGAACUUGUUUUGCAUUUUAAUGGGAGGGAUUAUAUUGAAUAUGUUAUUAAGGAGAGAUUCAAGAGAGACUAUGUGAUUAAAGAUUUGGUCGGUGGUAAGAAAGAGGGAACCAUGAGAGACCAAACUGUUAUUAACAUCAAGUUCAAGACCAAAGAAGAUGGAGUUUUGAUGUUCAUUCUUGGACAGAUGGGAUACAUUAUGCUGAAGAUAAAAGACAGAAAACCUGUGUAUGUUUCCGAAGACACACUGUCAGGACACCUAUCUGAGUUCAUUGUGGACUCUCCAGUGGCUGAUGGGGUUUGGCAUGUCCUCUCCUUGUUCAGCAAUGGACAGAACACUUUUCUGUCUGUGGAUGAUAAACCAGUCUUGAACAGCACUGACCGAAGUAUGAAUUUCACUCCUUUAACUGUGGAAAAGAUCAUUCUUGGUGCAGCACUGACAGGAGACACAAAGCUCCAACAGCUAGGGUUCAGUGGCUGUGUGCAGUAUUUCAAUGUGAGCGGUUACACUCUGCCUGUCAGCGGUCACAGUUUAAUGGUGGACAUCUGGCCCAGUUCAAGUCUUACCCACUCCAACUGCAGCUUUCCAGGCGUUUGCCUUCCCUCACCGUGCUCUGUGGAGGACACUGCCCGGAGGACUUGUCUCUCAAACUGUCAAAACCGUUGGACGUGUGGACCGGCUGUGCAGAGCAGGUCCUGCAUCUGUUUACAUAAUGUCUCGGACCAUUUCUGUGAUCUCUGUAUUGCUACAAUGGAAAGCUAUAAUGAGUGCUCUGAGAUUCAGGGUAGCACACCACUGUGGCUCAUAGCUGUGGUUCUUCCUUUAAUCUCCAUGCUGGUGGUUUCUGGAAUGCUUGUUGUCCUAUGCAGAGUGAGGCAGUUUGACGCAACAUGUCAGAGUGAGAGCCUACCACAGAAAACAGAGCAGGGGACAGACAACACUGCUUUUUGUUUUGGUGACAGCGCAGAUGCCGUGUCUCCAGAAAAAGAGAAUCGACAUGACCCAGUAAGUGCAGAUCAGCGGAGGUCAAGUGCUGAUUUUUACUGUGACACCAGCCUGUCAAGUGCUCAGCAGGUGGCAAACAGUGAGCUGGAGUACUAUGAAAUUGGCAGCAUUUGUAGUGCCUAUCAUUCAGACAAUACGUCACUGAAACUCAGCUGGCACAAACAUUUCUACAGCACAAAAUGUGUGAAAGCAGGUGCUAAACAGUGGGCAGAUUUAACGAUGCUCUUAGCAGGGCUUAAGAAAGAAACCCCCAGUCAAGAAAAAAGUCCCGCAAAGCCUCAAAAUGUUCCUUUCCGAAACCAACAGUUAUUGACUAAGCUUGACACAGAGCAGCCUCGACAGUUGCCUCGUUACAUUAAGAGAUUCCUACAACCAGAGACCCUGGAGCCAAUACAGUGUCUCACUUUUGAAGAAAUUAGCAAAUUAAGCGCUCCUCUGGAGCAAACAAUGCCACAUCAACCAACCCUGAAGUCUGGACCCGCCAAGUCCACCAUGAGGAUGGACGGCUCAUCGGAGAGUGAAACAGACAGCACAUUCACCUGCUCAGAGUCUGAGUAUGGACAGUUUUCUAUCAUCAGUGGCACAAAAUAUAUACAUGACCAGUCAUCCCUGCCAAGCUGCAGUUUAAGACAACAAGGCAUCCUGCCUGUCAAUUCAUUCUUACAACAAAGCUGCCUCUCUGCUGCAGGUGAGGGCAAAGCAGAAAGUGCUGCCUGCACUAUGUUAGAGCAAUGGGAAGAUAUUUUACAAAUGCAUCUACCUUUUAGCAGCUAUGCACCAGUAUUUGAGGAUAUUGCACAUCUACCCAUUGAAUCCAAAUAUAGCUAUGAUACGCAAAGUGACAAUGAGGAAAUUAUUUGAUUGUCAUUAUAUAGAAGUAACUAAUAAAUUACAUGGAUUAAUGUUGUCUGCAAGUUACAUACUAUGGAAAUAUUUUUGAUGUGAUGAAUUUGCAAAUCUAUCUUGUCAAAAUAGAUUAAUGAUAAAACUGAAUGACAUGAAAAUCCUACAUUUUUAAUUUGACUUGGUAUUGAAAAGCAGGGGAACGUGUUUUAAUUUUUACUGAACCUCUUUUUGGUUUACUUGGUUGCUUUAUUGUUUCUCUGAAGAUUUAUCUGUUCAAAGUCAAUUUUAUAUCUUCAUAAGGGGUCAGAGGUUUAAUUCAUGAUGCCCUUUAAAUAUGGAUGCAAAGCCUAUGAGAAGACAACAUUUGAUGGUAAUGGGAAAUUAAUUUGUUUGUGUGGCACUAAUUAUGUCUUAGCUGACUGCUUCUGGCACAUGUUCAGUUUUUAAUACUUGAACAUGCAGGAUGCUGCUUGUAGGAUAAAGAACAACAAAGAGGCUGCAUUAUUUUGCAGAAGUGAAAAAGUUACAGGGUAGCGUGUCCAUGUGCAGUAUAAAUGGAGACUUACAUGUGGCCGGAAAUUCAGAAUAUGAGAAAUCAAAACAAGAAAGUCUCUCCUGCACACACCUUUGGUCUUUAUACUCCACCAAAUGCAGGGAACUGAUUUUUGCAAGGAAAAUGUACUUUAAAAGUUUCUAAGAAUCAUUAUAGGAUGAAAGUGAAGUCUGAUGCCAUGUUCUAUGGACAUGACAGGUUGCCAGUCAAUCGAAGGGCCACAACUAGAGACAAACAAGCACACUCCCAUUCACACCUACGGACAAAUUAGAAUUACCAAUCAACCUCAGCAUGUUUUUGGACUGUGGGAGGAAGCUGGAGGGAUCUUGUAGCUGCAUGACAAUAGUGUUAACCACUGAACACUGUGCAGCCUGUGUUCCAUGUUAACAAAGAAUAUUCUAAUCAAUAAAAUUUAAUCAGUUUUGGAAUAA